AUGGCUAUAUCACCAGCAGACGCGAGAAGUGACCCCAGGAACGCACAUCUCCCUUCGGUCAACCAUCCGGAGACAAUCUUGGGGACCACAAUUACAUUUCUUUCACUCGCCAUCAUUGCUGCAAGUCUGCGGUUGUGGAGCCGCUUCCGAGACCGUCUCUGGGGCUGGGAUGAUGCCUUUCUCUUCCUUGCUGCACUCGCCAGCAUAGCUGGAGACAGUAUGGUUUGCCUAAUGCCGUACGAUGGACUCGGGCUCCACUUCUACACGCUCAGUGCGGGUGACAGAAAAUCGUACUUCAAGCACGUGUGGGCAAGCAAUGCCGCCUAUUGCGCUAGCACUGCCUUUAUCAAACUGGCCAUCUUGUUCCAAUACUUGCGCCUGUUUGCCGAGACGGCUACUUCGAUCGCUUCGCCACAGUACCGACUGGCAAGGAAAUGCACCUGGGCCGUCCUCAUCUUCUCUGCUGUAUGGGGCUUUAUAUUCUUCGUGCUUGCGCUGUUCCCUUGCCGGCCAGUUGCAAAGAACUGGAACUACACCUUGAAGGGCAAGUGUGUGGGCUGGGGUUCCAAAGUCCCGGCCGAGUUCUUCGCCAUGUGGGCGGCGCAUGCCGCGUCAAACAUGUUACUCGAUAUCAUAGUUUUGCUCCUGCCGUUGCCCUUCCUCGGGAUGCUGCGGCUUGCGGGUAAGAGCAGAGUGGGACUGAUCACUCUCUUCGCGAUGGGCGGGGUCGCCGCUGCAGUAUCGAUAGGCCGCAUGAUAGUCCUCUGCAUCAACCGCGCCGGCACCAUCCCCAUCCUCGACAUGACCUACCACCUGCCCGUGUUGUACAUCUUCAGCGUCCUCGAAGUCAACAUCGCCAUCCUAUGCGCCUCGAUCCCCAUCUUCUGGCCCAUCAUCAGCUCCUUCGCGACCAACAAGAUCCUCGUCGUCAACGAAAUCGUCGUCCGCGUCGAAGAAUACCCAAAGACCAGCAUGGACGGGCAAUCCGGCAUCGGCCUCGCAGACCAGGCCGCAUUCAAGAGUGCCCCCGGGUCGCCCCGCGCGCCGCAGCCCAGCCACCUCAGCACAAUCGCGCGCACCUUCGACCGGCGCCCGAGCCGCGACUCGCUCGCAGGCGCGAAGAUGCACAGGAGCAAAGGUAGCAUCGCGUCGAGCGUCGAAAAACCGUUCCCGAAGACGGACAACACUCACCGCGCCGGCCGCGCGAGCACAGAAUCCCAGCGCGUGCUGUGCACGCCCACGAGCCCCGAGUCGGACAACCUGGGCAAGAGCGACUAUGAUUGGUUUGCGGAGCUGGAUCGGGAUUGCGUGGGCAAGCGGACGACGACGCGCAUUGAAACGGGCGGGAAUCCGUUUAACACGUCAAGGCCGUCGGAGAAAGGCGUGUAG